CUGUUAAACUUUAUCUCCCCUUUCCCUCAAGUAGUCGGAUGUUUCACCUCUAACUGUCUGUCUUUCUGCACUGUGAGAUUUGUAAUCGGGGCCAUGAGUUGGUUGAGGGAGUCACCGAAAAAGAAGAAAAUUAUUAUCGGUGUCUUGGCUGUAUCCAUUGUGACCCUCAUCCUCGGUCUUGGACUUGGUCUUGGAUUGGAUUUGCAGAGAUGUCAAAACAAAGUCGUCCCCCAUACAUCCUGUAGGAAUCGAUGUUAUGAGCCGUACAAUGAUGAGAGCCCCGGCUGUAGAUGUGACAUGAACUGUGAAGCCAGCAACAGCUGCUGUUAUGAUUACUACGACAUCUGCACUGUGCCCGCUGAGCAGUGGGAGUGCACGAAGCUGCGCUGUGGAGAGAAGAGGCUGACGCAGAGCAAAUGUCACUGCUCUGACAACUGCUUGUCUGCAGGAGACUGCUGCACAAACUACAAACAUGUCUGCCAUGGAGAGAAAGAGUGGGUGGAGGACCAGUGUGAUGACCUGUUGACCCCCACAUGUCCACCAGGCUUUAAACGCCAGCCUCUGCUCCUCGUCUCUUUGGAUGGACUUCGGGCUGAGUACCUGCAGACAUGGAGCGCUCUCAUUCCUGUUCUGGACAAACUCAAGAAGUGUGGAACCUCGGCACCAUACAUGCAGGCAGCAUUUCCCAGCAAGACGUUCCCUAAUCACUAUACCAUUGUCACGGGUCUCUACCCAGAGUCCAAUGGUUUGAUUGACAACACGAUGUACGACCCGGUGUUUGACGCCACCUUCAGUCUGUCCAGUCCAGAGAAAGACAACCCUGACUGGUACCUCGGACAGCCUAUUUGGCACACAGCAAAGCACCAGGGGCUGAAGUCUGGGACUUUCUUCUGGCCAGGAUCAGACGUCAAAAUCAACGGAAGUUUUCCCGACAUCUACAAACCUUACAAUGGUAAAGUGCCAUUUGAGGAAAGAGUAUUCACUUUGCUCAAAUGGCUUCAGCUGCCAGAUGAUGAAAGACCAGACUUCUACACAUUAUAUCUGGAGGAACCCGAUAAAUCUGGACACAGCUACGGUCCUGUGAGUGGAGGGCUGAUUGAAGCAAUCCAGGGUGUGGAUAAGAUCAUUGGCCAACUCAUGAAUGGCCUGAAACAGAUUGGCCUCCACCGCUGUCUAAACAUCAUCAUCGUGGCAGAUCAUGGUAUGGAGGACACUAGCUGCAACAGGAAGGAGGUGCUGCAGGAGCUGGUGGGAGACGUGAAGAACUACUGGGUCACUGAAGGAACAUUCGGGCGCAUCAGAGCCAAAAACAACGAAACAAUUUUGGAUUCGGCCGGACUCAUUGCUAACAUGACUUGUAAGAAGCCAGACCAAAAGAUCAAGCCAUACCUGAAGGCCAACCUGCCAAAGCGCCUCCACUUUGCAAACAGCCGUCGCAUUGAAGAUGUUAACGUCCUGGUUGAUCCAAAAUGGCUGUUUGAGAGAUAUCCAGGAUCUCUCACAUUCUGCUCUGGUGGGGCCCACGGCUAUGACAACGACGUUGAGACCAUGCAUGCAAUGUUUGUCAGUUAUGGACCCAAGUUCCUGUACAAAACAGAAAUGGAACCCUUUUCCAAUAUUGAGCUGUACAAUCUUAUGUGUGACGUGAUGCAGAUCUCUCCUGCUGAAAACAACGGGACCCAUGGCAGUAUGAACCACAUCCUGAGGCAGCCCUACUACACACCAGCGCCCCCUGCAGAACAGAGCAGGCCAGUUCAGUGUCCUUUGAUCAGCCUCAAACCUGCAGACGCCCUGGGAUGCUCCUGUCCUGCCCUGAGUGAUAAUACUGUCAACAGCCGUCUGAAUCUGACAGCAGCAGAAGUGUCCACAGCAGACAAGAAGCACAUGCUGUUUGGCCGCCCACGAAUGCUGCAGCCUGACCUGAGUUACUGUAUCCUACAUCAGGAGGGCUUCAUCAGCGCCUACAGCCACGAUGCCCUGAUGCCUCUGUGGAGCUCCUUCACUAUUGAUAAGCCUAUGAACUUGGACCCACUGCCACCGGCGACGCCAAACUGUUUGAGGGCUGAUAUCAGACUCCCAGCAUCCCAGAGUCCCAGAUGUGACCAGUACAACACUGCAAGGAACCUGACCCAUGCCUUCCUGUACUCACCCAGUAAGCAUCAGCACCCACCUGAUACCAAACUAAUGGAGAGCUUCACACAGCCCAGAGUCAGUCGCGCCCUCAUGCUUCAUGCACCACCACCACUGCUGAAGAUCUGGCCGCCACUGCUCACCUACCGACGCGGCUACUCCUCUGGCUGCAGCCGCCUCUACUUCACCCGCUGCAACUUCUUCAGCCGCUGUUUCAGUCACCGUUCCCGAGAACCCCUGGCUCCAGCUUGGGUGCAAACCCAAAGCCCUGCUAACCUCCACUCCUGCACAUCUGGUGCGACAUCAACAGCCCUGAGAAUCAAAUUGCAGCUGUAUUUCCAUCUGUUUAUGUCUGGCAUGAACAUCUCCAUUCCCACACACUACUUUGCUUUGCUGACCAGCUGCAGGGACUCAGCCCUACCAGUUACCGCCUGCGUUGGCGAGCUGCAGACUGUAUCCUUCCUGUUGCCUCACAGACCCAACAACUCAGAAAGCUGCAAAAGUACACAACCCGAAUCUCACUGGGUUGAAGAUCUCAUGUGGUUCCAUCAGUCACGAGUCAGAGAUGUUGAGUGGAUCACAGGAUUGGACUUUUACCAGGACAGCAAUCGACCAGUCCCAGAGCUGUUGAGGAUGAAGACCCGCCCCACAGCUGCCAUUCACAGAAAACAGUGAAAUCACUCUUCCCCACAAGAAGAAAUCACCAACAUCAAUAUUCAGUAUCUAUUAAAGUAUUGUACUAUUCUGUGUUUAGUCUUAAAUUGUGUUAUCACUUUGUCAACACUGGACUAAAGGUACCUGUUAUCUAACAGAGUGACAUUGUUUAUUUAUUUACUUCUCAGUUUAAAAGUGUACUAUUUAAUCUAUUCUGGUGAUUUUAUCCUGUUGAUUUUUUUAUAAUACAUAUUUAGAGGUUGUUUCAUGCAAAGCCCAAAUAAGAUGAGCCAACACAGGUAUUUAAGGAGCAAAACUUGAGCAAAUCUUUGUUGACCUUGUGGUCUUUUAGAGCCAUUAUGCUACAGAAUAUUCUACAGUAAAUGUAAUCAAACA